AUGGCCGAGCGGCCGGUUCCGCGACCAGCCAAUCAGCGGCCGAGGGCGGGCCUGGAGGACGCGCGUCACUGGCGGCGGGGGCGGGGGGGGGAGCCUCGAUGGCCUGACACUUCAGACGGGCCCAGCAGAUCCCAGACACAGAAACGGAAAGGACUCCGAAUCCACCCCGCCCUCUGCUUUUUGCGCAGGCGCAUUCCUUUCUUUGAGGCCCGGCGACGCGCAGAACCAGGCCAAACCGGGAAUCCCGCGGAGUCCCGAAGGAAGGAGCCAGACAGGGCCGGGACAGAGGUCGGGCCAUGCCCACGUCUUCUCUGGCUCCGCCCUGCCCCAACACUGCUGGCUUACUCGGCGCCGACAACCGCCGCCUCACCUUUUCUACAAAAGCCGAGACGGCGCGGCCCUGACGGCUGGGAUCCCCGCGCAGCAGCAGCCCUGAAGGCGACCGUGACCGUGGCCUCCUGGGGGGCCUCUGCGCUCCCGGGGGCGGUGUAUCUGGAAGCCUGGCCGGCCCAGCCCCACGAGGCGCGGCCCCUGCCCCCCGUGACCGUGGUGUCGUCGGCGCUCAUCACCCCCAUCGUCUCCACGCUGCCCAUCGUGUCCCACGCGGCCGCCAGGGCCUCGGCCGGGGCUGAGCGGGAGGGGGCCGGGGAGCCCGACGGCGCGGCCGGGGCGCCGUCCGGGGCGGCCCCGCGGGACGAGCACGCGUACCACCGCGCGCGCCUGGAGCCCGAGGCCGGGCUGGACGGGGUGGUGGCGGCGCUGCAGCGCAAGGUGCGGGGGCUGCAGCAGCGGCAGCGCCGGCACCGGGCGCGCCUGGGCGCCCUCGAGGGGCUCGUGCAGCAGCUGCGCCGGGACCACCUGCUGUCCCACGAGCGCCUGCGGCUGCUGGGCGCGACAUGCCUGCCCGGGGGCCCCACGCGGCCCGACCCCGCGGGGGCCGGCGCCGUGGCCAUCGUGUGCGGGGAGCAGCCGGCCGCAGUCCUCUACACGCUGACGCCCGCCCACGACCCUUGA